UGGCUGCACUGUUUACAAGCCGUCCGUCCACACUAGUGGGCGCGUCGUUCGCCAACAGCUGUUUGUGUCUUGGUGGUCGGCCACCGUUGGAUUCGCUGAUCGCUGUCAUACUGUAGUACUGAACGGUUGGGUGCUUGACGUCUUCUGUUGUUUCUAAUUGUCUUAGUCGUCAUUGUUAGCUUGCCUAAAGUUGUCUUUUAACAUUGUCAACAUUAAUUGUGCCGAUCUCCCGUUCACGUUGUUUCUCAUUGCAAUUGUGUUAAUUAUUUUUUAGUGUGUUUUUGUUACGUUCAUUAAUAAUUUUGCGUGUUUACAUUAGUGAGUGUUUUUGACUAUCAUCUCUCUUUCCGUUUGUGAUGCAUCAAUGUCCGUCCAGGAAGACUAUUCUCUCUUGUGCACUUUGAACAUUUUCCGGUACUUGCUUGCACCGGUCAUUCACCGAACCAUCUGUCUGCCUUUGCAGAAUACCAUUUAAUUCCCAAUCUAACGUGCAGAUAUUUUAAACUGGUUUGAAAUAUUAUAAACAUUAAAAUGUGGUCUAAAUUGAAUAGCGAAGAGAAGAACAUAUUUUGUAAUCGUGGAGAACAUUCCAAAAAUGAUACAAAACCAGUUACACUAACGAACAAUGAUCAAAUUUGUACCAAAUCAUGUUCUGUUUAUGUAGGCCCUCCAAUUAAUAUGGAUAGAUUAAAGGAGUAUGCUAGAAAACCUCCAAAGGAACCUACCUUUGGGCUGAACCAAAGAUACCCCAAGCGAACAAAAAAUGAAGAUCUUCAAGAGGGACUUAGUCAAUACAUAGGACCAUUUGAUUUUGAACAUCUUACUAGCAAACCAAGGGUUAUUUUGGAUUUUCUCAGAGUGCCAUCUAUGAGUAAACUUACAAUGCUAUUGGAUUUAAUGUAUAAUGAUUCUUUACAUCGAUUGUGCUCAAAUGAUUUAAGAGGACGUGAAAGAAAAGAUGAAAUAAUGCGUUUAAGACUCUAUCAUAAAGGUACGACCAUUAGAAAAACAUUCAUGGAACUUGUUAAUGAUUACAAACGCAUGAAAAGAACCAAUACACUUAAUUUUUCUCAAAUAUCCGAUUUACGACACGCUUAUGAAAAUAUUCUUGAACCUGGAGAAUAUCUCAAUAAGGUUAAUGAUGAUUUUGAUUUAAGCUUAGACGAUUCUGGCAUUAAAAUAGAGAAUAUGUUAAAUGAAUUUUGCAUGGUUCCUUCCUUUACUGAUUUCUUAUCAACUACUAUUAUCGCUAACGAUAAAAAUAAGACUGAAAAACUUCCACAAGAUUUAAUUGAUUGGGUUAAGGAAGUUCGAUCUCGUGAUUCCUUGAUUCUGAAUGAUGAAAACGACAGCACGAAAACUACUGAAGAUAAACUAAAAAAUGUAUCCAUCGAUGUAGUAGAGAAAGAAGUUAAUUUAAAAUGUAAUUCUAAUGAUGACGAUAACAUUGAAAAUGAAAAAGAAACUCCUAGUCAUUGUUUAGAAAAAGUUAAAACUUCCACGGAUAGUUUAGAACAAGAAAGAAAUUCCACAAUCAAUCAAGAUAUGGAAAUUUCUAUCGAUAGUGUAGCGGAGAAGUCUGUUACAAAUUAUCAAGAUGUCGAAGCUUCUGAGAGUAAAGUAAAAGAAAUUCCUAUGGUGAUCUUAGAACAAGAAACUUCUAUUGAUGUUUUAAAGGAUGAAACUUUUACAAAAAAAUCAGAAGAAGAAGAAGUAGAAGAGGAGGAUAAGAAGAGAGAAGAAGUAGAAAAGGAAGAGAAGGAAGGAGAAGAAAACGACGAAGAAGGAGGAGAAAGAGAAGAAACAGCUAUAAAUACUUUAGAAGAAAAUAAUAUUAGUUCAAAUUAUUCAAAAAUAAAUAAAAUUUUUAAAAAAAAAUUACUUACACAUUCAUUGAGAAUAACUAAAGCAGAAAAAAGAACGUUAGUAAGGAUUAUAAAUUCAAAGUUUGACCCUGAUAAAAUAAAUUGGAAAAGGUAUAAACCUUCUACAAGAACGAGAUUGUUUCAAGUUAUUGUAUACUUUGGUAGUUUUAGAAUGGCACUUUGCGACGAGCUUCAUUUGGACCGUUUAGGAUUAAAAAAUGAUAAAAUAUGUGAAAUAGAUAAACUAUUGAGAUCAAUAAAAGUUGAAACUGGUCUGCUGCAACAAUUUUUCACCUUUAAUGGAAUAGAAAACAUUUUAAUUUGGCCAUUGGGUAAAGAUAUUGUUAAUAUUAUUAUUCCAGAGAGUAGUCCAACUAUUAACAUUUUAUUUAGUUUUGUUAGAGAUAUCAUUACUAAAUUCUGCGAAAAAUUAAAAGUUUUACUACGCAAAUCUGGUUUAAAAAUUGUAUUGAAUAAAGAAUCUCUUUUUGAAAAUUUACCUAAUUAUCAGAUAGGAAAAGAUGUUUGUAAUACUGAGCUUUCACUGGAUUAUGCAAAUGUCCAUACUCAAUCAUCAUCUAAAAAAUUAAACACCGAACAUUUAGAUUUAACAAAAACAUCAUUUUGUAUCAAGAAAAAUAGUUCUAAUGAAAAAAUAUGUCAGAGUAUGAUAAAUAUUAUAAAAUCGGAUGAUUCUAUCUUUCAGUCUUGGAAUGAAUGUAAUAACUUGAAUAAGUUCAAAUCCAAACUGUUACAAGCUGGCGUUACAUUACCAAUAGAGGAGAGCAAUACUUUACAUUGUUCAAAAUUUGUUGAAAUAUAUGUGAGAUGGUUUUGUGAGGAAUACCUUCAAGGUGAAAAAUUUUAUAAAUUGGCUCUAAGUAUUUUGAAAAAUAUUAUUCUUCAUAUCAAUACUGUUGGUGAAUGUACAGACACUAAAGUUGAAACGGCAAUUAAUAACGUGUUAAUUAUAUUAUAUCAUGAUCCGUGCUUCGCAAAAGUGUACGAAUUAUAUGUUAAUGCCAAAAAUCCUAAGUGUUCUUCGAGUUCAAAACAUGAAAAUUUUAGUGAUGAAAAAUAUAACAGUGAUUAUGUAGAUGUCAAUAAAAAAGCUAUUGGAAAAGUAAACAUUGAAUCAAAUGUAAAUGUUCAAACAAAUAUGAUAGAGACCAAUAACGUUGAAAUGCCAUCUAAUAAUAGCGGAAUUUCCACAUCUUGUGUUUUCGGUAAAUUAAACGAUGUUCUAGUUAAUGAUUCAGAAGUUACUUCUAAUCCACAAUGUUCAAAUUAUAACUCAAAAAAUGAUUUUAUUUAUGAUUUUUCAAAUUUAUUAAGUGAAAAUAAUGAUGGCUCGUCUAAUACUUUGUUUGAAAAUGUUGAUGUUGAUGAAAAUAAUUUUAAUGAAGCUAAUCCAUUUGAUGAUUUUCCAAUGACUAAUUUAUUCGAUGAUAAUAUUCCACUUGAAAAUCAUUCGGUUAAUGAUAUGUUAGGAAUAAACUUACAAUUUCAACAAGAUAAGAACACGGAAGAAGUUUCAUUGAUAUCCUCGUGUGAUCAACUUGUUAAUUAUGCUGUGAGCGAUGAAAUUAGUCUUGAAGAGCUUAAUAUGGCGGCAGUUAGUGACGAAUAUGGCUUUGACAAUGCUGGUGUAUUAUUGCCGCCUUACAACUGAG